CGUCUCGCUAUUUCCUUUUCUCUAUGGUUGGCUUCGGCUUCCUUAUUUUUUUCCCAGAAUACCCAGCGCCUUCCUUUCUGGUCUGGUCCCCAAAAGGAUGGCCCCUGCAAAGAAAGGUGGUGAAAAGAAGAAAGGGCGAUCCGCCAUCAACGAGGUGGUCACUCGGGAGUAUACUAUCAACAUUCAUAAACGUAUCCAUGGCGUGGGUUUCAAGAAGCGAGCUCCACGGGCUCUCAAGGAAAUCCGUAAAUUUGCAAUGAAGGAGAUGGGGACACCUGACGUACGCAUUGAUACCCGCUUGAACAAAGCUGUCUGGGCAAAAGGAAUAAGGAAUGUUCCUUACCGCAUCCGUGUGCGUUUAUCCAGAAAACGCAAUGAGGAUGAAGAUUCACCCAAUAAAUUGUACACUCUGGUUACUUAUGUGCCAGUUACUACUUUCAAAAGUCUACAGACUGUCAAUGUGGAUGAAAACUAAUCUUUCAUUACAAUAAAGUUAUAAAAAGUAA